AUGACGCCGGCCUCGGCGCCCUCGGACUGCUCCGUCUCAGCACCCACGAAGCCGCCCUUCGUCCACGGCGCCUACUACCCCAGCUGGAAGAUCUACCGCAACCAGCCGCCCUCGUCCAUGGACCUGGACAUCAUCUCGCACGUCUUCUACGCAUUCAUGCGAGUAAACGAAGACGGCACGCUCCACCACCUCGACGAACACGCCGACCUCCACCACCCCAUCCCCGGCCAUCCCCUCUCCCCCAACGGCUGCCUCCCCUCCCUCGCCCACCUCCGCUCCACCACCCACCCGCACCUCGCCCUCCUCCUCUCCCUCGGCGGCGGCUCCGGCUCCGCGCCCUUCCCGCGCCUCGCCGCCUCCCCCACCGCCCGCCGCACCCUCGCCACCGCCAUCGCCUCCUUCCUCUCCACCCACGCCCUCGACGGCCUCGACCUCGACUGGGAACACCCGUCCACCCCCGCCGCCGGCCGAGACUUCCUCGCGCUCCUCCGCGCCCUGCGCGCCGCGUUACCCCGCCGACUCUUACUCACCUGCGCCCUGCCAGCUGGCGAGUGGUGUCUGCGGCAUGUGCCGCUCGCCGAGGUCGCGGAGGUGUGCGACUGGGUGAAUCUCAUGUGCUACGAUUUCGCGGGCGGGUGGACGCCGAAGACGGGGCAUCAUGCGCGGUUGUAUGCGUCGCCGCAUAGAGACGCGGGCGAUGCGUAUGCGGGGAGGUCGGUGCACGGGGCGGUGGAGUACGUCGUCGGGCGCGGGGUGGGGCGGGAGAAGGUGUGUGUGGGGGUGCCGGUGUAUGGGAGGGCGUUUGUGGGGGCGGGCGGGGCGGGGGAGGGGUUUGAGGGGGUGGGCGGCGGCACCGGGGAGGGCGGGUGCGUCGAGUAUAGGGAGUUGCCGGGGGAGGGCGCCGAGGGGGUGGUGGUGGAUGAGGAGGAGGUGGGGGCGGCGUGUGUGAUCAGGGGGCGGGAGUGGGUGAGUUUUGAUUGUCCGAGGACGGUGGCGGAGAAGGCGAGGUAUGUGAGGGAGAGGGGGUUGAGAGGCUUGUUCUAUUGGACGGGGGUGGCGGAUAAGGAGGGGGAGGGGAGUUUGCUGAGGGCUGGGUAUGAGGGGUUGUAUGGGCGAGGGAGUCGGGGGACUGGCGAGGGAGGCUUCACUUCGUAG